AUGCCCGUGUUCAAGAUGCCAUCUAUGAUGACGACAUUCAACUCGCGCGCAGGCCGAGUCGCAGUGGUCGCAGUCUUCUUUAUCCUGAGCCUUAUCUGGAUGUUGCCCAGCCAUGAGGACUUCUCGUCACCGACCUUCUACGCAGGCAAUGGCUACAAUACUAGUCACCCCAUCGACGCUCUUAUACAUACCGCACAGACCGAUUUAGAAGAACUCCUGGGAACACAAGCGCAUGACCUUCGAACCGCUGGGGAACAAUACCGGGCCCGCCGUGGAAGACAUCCUCCUCCUGGAUUUGGAGAAUGGUACGAGUUCGCAAAGUCGAAAGAUUCAUUGAUCAUUGAAGAAUUCUUCGAUCAGAUCUAUAAUGACCUGACUCCAUUCUGGGCUCUGGAACCGAAGCAGCUGCGUCGACAAGCUAAAAGCAUCCCGACCCGUAUCACCAUUCGAAAUAACACCGCGAUAUUGAAAACCGACGAGCCAAGAAAUUGGAUGGAUUCAUGGUACGAUUUGGUCGCGAAAUUGGAGGAUCGACUUCCCGAUCUUGAUAUGCCAAUCAAUGUCAUGGAUGAGACCCGGCUUGUUGUCCCCUGGGAGACAAUCAACGAGUACGUACAGAAGGAGCAAACAGAUCGUGUGAUGACGGAGCCGAGCCGCGUUAUCCCCGACUACAUGUCUUUGGCCGACUCGGACCACGACUCGGAACCUUAUGAUCCUCAGUUUGCAGGUCCCGGCAAAGGAGGUUAUUGGGAGAUGGCUCGGGUUGGCUGCCCACCGGGAAGUCCUGCGCGCAACAGCACCCUUCCCAUGGUGGACUUCAGUAACCCUCCUUGGGAAUAUGACAAUUUUGAAAGAAUGUCAUACCACGGCUAUGUAUCAAAUUUCACCCUAGCCAAGGACCCGUGUGUGCGUCCAGAGAUGCAAGUUCUGCAUGGAAGCUUCCUUGAGCCAAUUUCUAUAUCAACCUCACACAAUCUGAUGCCACUAUUUGGUGGAUCCAAACUUCCCAUGAACAAUGAGAUUCUCCUUCCCCCAGCGAUGUACUGGGCACAGAAUGACCAUUAUUCCGGCGGGGAGAACGAGCACGGUGGUCGCUGGGAAUCGAAAAAGAACAAGGCUGUAUGGCGAGGUGCUGCUACAGGAGGUCGGGCUCGAGAGCCUAACUGGACAGGCUUCCAAAGACACCGAUUCAUGUCGAUGAUGAACGCGACAUCAGUGGCUCAGGCUGAAAAGAGCAAUAGCCACGGUAUCAACUUUAGACUUCCGAACUACGCCGAUUACAAGUUGAACAACGAUGGUACUAUCCCGCGGCUUCUCUCCGAACAUACCGAGACGGGCUUCAACCACCUGGUUUGCACGCCUUAUAUUGAAGCGGACCCAACAUGUCCGUAUCUCGAUCCAUACUUCGAGGUCACACCUGGUAUGCCAAUGAAGGAAAUGUACGACUAUAAGUAUCUUCCCGAUCUUGACGGAAACUCCUUCAGUGGCCGAUACCGCGGAUUCAUGUUAUCUACUUCUCUCCCCAUCAAAGCCACUAUCUACAAUGAGUGGCACGACUCGCGACUGAUCCCUUGGAUCCACUUCGUCCCUAUGGACACCACCUAUCUCGAUGUUUAUGGAAUCAUGGCUUAUUUCCUCGGCGGCCAUGACAAGGCCGCCCGUAAGAUUGCCCUCGCCGGGAAAGCCUGGGGCGAGAAGGUGCUCCGACGUGAGGACAUGGAGAUUUACACAUAUCGACUUCUCUUAGAGUAUGCCCGCAUUUGUGAUGAUCGGAGAGAAUUCCUCGGUUAUGUUGAUGACUUCACAAUGCCCUAG